UUUUUUUUUUAUCUUCCUCCGAUCUCUCUCUUCUUUCUUUCUCUACUAUCGGUUUCCUAAAUGCGAUGUUUAGUUGCUUCUACUGACGUUUUUUAGUACGUAUUUUGUCGGAUGUGUUUUUCGCUUGUUUAAUUCGUGUGAUUUGGCUCUUGGCGUUUUUGCUUAUGUGUUGCUUUCUCGUUUUUUUUUGUUUGUUUGAUUGUGUUUUUCAGCUGUGAGCUGUGUUUACUGUAAGUUUUUUGUUAUUGUCUCUGUUGUGUAAUGUAAUUUUCGAUUUUGGUAAAAUUUUCAUUCUCUUCUUUUGAAUUUGAGUUUCGGAAGUGUUAUUGAGGAAUCGAGGAUCGCUUGUGAGUGUGGCGAGAUUGAAUUCGGAUUGGAAUUUCGUUUUCUUUAAUUUGGAGUUUGGAUUGUUUUAAUUUAGUGAUUUGAUUAUGGUAACUUUACGCGUUUUGUUGUAAUGUAUAAUAUGUGAUUGCAUAAUCCCUACUGUUUCCUUCAACGUCGCUGGUUUUGUUGAUAACCAACUCAUAUCGAGUGGAAGGGGGAGUGAUAACUUUGAAUUUGUUACGGGUAGCCACGUUUUAAGAAGAGGAGAAAAGGGAGAAAACUGAGCAGUGAAAGGCAGGGUCUCAAAAAAGUUGAAGGAAUCCAAGAAGUCAGAACUGUGCUGAAGGAAAAUCUAGAAGGUGGUGCUUCAAAGAUAUUGAUGACAACUCUACAGAUGAUUAUUACGGUCUUGUAUUGGUGGCUGGUAGAUCAGACAAUUGUAAGAUGACAGAAACUUGCAUGCUUCCACCUUUGAAAAAGCCAAGAAAGGAGCGGAACCGAGGAAAAUUGUUAGGAUCAGCAGCAACAACUGAGGUGAUGGAAGAAGAAAUCUGGAAAGAUUUCCCAGAAGACCUCUUUGAAGCUGUCAUUGCUCGACUUCCGAUAGCCACAUUCUUCCGGUUUCGUGCUGUUUGCCAGAAAUGGAACUCACUGCUAAACUCCGAAAGUUUCUCUUUUUACUGUGCUCAAGUCCCACAAACCAUCCCUUGGUUCUACACCAUUACUCACGACAUGGUUAGUUCAGGAGCCAUAUAUGAUCCUUCUCUGAAGAAAUGGCACCAUCCAUCCAUUUCAUCUCAGCCUAUUAAAUCACUUGUCCUUCCGGUUGCUUCUGCUGGAGGCCUUGUAUGCUUGCUUGAUUUCAGUCAUAGGAACUUCUAUGUAUGCAAUCCUUUAACUCAAUCUCUUAAAGAGUUGCCAGCUAGAUCGGUUGAAGUGUGGUCUCGCGUUGCAGUAGGGAUGACUCUUAAUGGGAGUUCGACAAGUUGGGGCUACAAUAUCUUAUGUCUGGGCUGUGAUGGAGAGUAUGAGAUUUACGACUCUGUCAAAAACUCAUGGAUCCACCCCGGUAGCAUGCCCUCAAGUAUUAAGCUUCCAUUAUCCCUGAAUUUCCGCUCACAAGCUGUCUCCAUUGACAGCACACUUUACUUCAUGCGUUCGGACCCCGAAGGGAUUGUGUCCUUCAACAUGGUCACUGGGGUUUGGAAGCAGUUCAUAGUUCCCACCCCGCUACAUCUGACAGACCAUACGCUAGCAGAGUACGGAGGUCGGAUCAUGCUCGUGGGGUUGUUGACAAAAAACGCAGCCACAUGCGUGUGCAUAUGGGAGCUGCAGAAGAUGACUCUCUUAUGGAAGGAGGUUGACAGAAUGCCAAACAUAUGGUGCUUGGAGUUUUAUGGAAAGCACGUUAGUAUGAAUUGCUUGGGAAACAAGGGGUUGCUCAUGCUAUCCUUGAGAUCGAGGCAAACAAACAGAUUGGUUACAUACGACCUGACGAGCAAGGAAUGGUCAAAAGUUCCCGGGGUGCCUCGUGGGAGGAAGCGACAAUGGAUAACUUCAGGCACUGCAUUUUACCCAUGCCCGACUGCAGUCGCUUGACUUAGCUGACACGUUCCGGGUGACCAACUUCUCUCAUUGGGCAAAGCUUGUUAACUUGUAAGCUUUAUUUUGUUCCACGCAACCCUUUUUUUGGUGCUGAUUUUUCCUAUCUUCUUCUAGUUUUCCCUUUUUGUAUUUCAUCAGUUAAUUUAGAUUUUCCCCAAACUAGACUUUUGUGAUUCUGGUGUAAAAACCUAUUGUACAAAACAACUUGAAAUGUCAAAAAGACAAAUUUAAAAUUUUCCUCUUUUUUUCUCUU